AUGUAGUUGCUUCUCUGGCAGUCGAAGAUGCUGAUCAAGAAGAAAGCACUGCAGCUGCCCCUCUUAAAGUAGCAGAGGCAACAAACGUCGCUGGUGCAGACCCACAAACUACUAAGCAAAGCACCUCCUCGUCUGCAGUGACGAAGCGACGCAACUACGAGGCUUUGGUUAAGCAUUUUGCUGCUCGAGGAGUCCCACGACCCCAACAAGACGAAGCAACCGUUCGACUCGUUCUGCCUCUGUUGGUCGAAUCCUUAGCUCCAGAUGAAUCCUUAGUAACAGGAGUCUCUUCAACACGCAGUGCCACGGGAGAUUCUUCUAAAGAGAUGCUGAUGCAGAUUUUCCGUACUCAUGAUAGCAUUUCGUUUGACUUUGCAAUGAAUGGUUUUUAUCGCGGCUUGUCUGGGCUUUGUAUUCUUCUCUCUCAAAUUUAUUGGCAAACGCAGGCAUGGUCUAUGCAGUAAGAGCGUCCCAUUAACAUUAGCACUGGACAACUUCUGCAAACGCAUAAAAAUAUGGUACAAAUAUAUAGAAGUGAUGACUCAUUUUCGAGGCUCAUUCUCAAACUCACAAUACAGGUCGAAGCUUUGCGGGUACGCGAUAUGUGGACGUCCGCGAACGACUGGCCCAGAAGAUUGCUCAAAGUUAUGACAUUGAAAAGUCCACUGUUGAUAUGUUUUUUAGUUACUCAAAAGUCUUCUGAAUUUUAUAAGUACUUUCAAAAAGGGAGAAGCGCUAACCUAUGAUCUCUGCUGCUGGUCUGACUUCUGCAGCUUAUCAACUUGCCAUGGCCGUGGCCGUGCUUUCCUUUGUUCUCCUUUCAAACUUGUUAGCCCAUAUCCUCUCCUUCUUCUAACAUCCUGAUGUUAGCGCAGGAUCUCCUUUACCCGUUUUCCUAGAAUUGGCGGGACAGAUUCAAGCAACGUGGCUAGCCGAGACAGCGACAGAGCCUUACCGCUCAGUGCUCACCGCACUCGGAAUUAUUUUACUACCAUAAGCUGGGUAACGGCGUUCGUGUUGUUUGGUAUCUAUAGAAAUGGUAUCUAUAGAAAUAGAUUUAUAUGGAAGAUGAAUUGGACUAUAUGCAGAUAGGCAUCGAGUAUUUGAGUGAUACGCGAUAUCUUCAUGCUCAUGGAUUUAUAAGGAAUGAAAUGUAACUAUGCAAUGACACAGACGCAGAUAUGGAUGAGAGGGGAUUUCGAAGGUAUUUCUUGCAUGCAUUUAGACAUAGAUAUGUUGAAAACUUGUUUUGAUAUUUCGUUUUUUGCACCGCACGCAGUAGCUAGCUAAUCUCGCUAGUAACAAGGAUAGGGUAACGUUUUGAAAAUAGAGUUUCGAUUUUUUUGUUUCGGAUAUAGUUUGCGCUGUAUUCGUGAGUUCUUAAGAAUAGUCACUUGAGAUGCACGCAUUACAUGUCUUAAGAGUCAUCUGUGGUAGAAGUUGACAUCACAGUUCGAAAACUCAAAAUAAGCGAGUUCCUGACUGAAAUAAGGGAGGUAGCUUAACAUCAAGGCUACUCUUCCUCCUCGUCAGUAUCUCGGUUAUUCUGAUCAGUUACUUGCUUAUUUCAGUUUUUCGAAUAUAUAUAUAGAACCCGCAUGCACUUGAAGGAAAUCACCAGGAUCUGGGUUUUUCAUGUUAGAAGUUAUUGUACUACAAACCUCUAUGAGGGAGAUUAUUUUCAUGCAUUUUUUGGCGCGGAAACUCGUGAUGAUGAAAUACAAAUAGACGAGGAAAAUUGAAGUUCCAUGGCUGCAG